AUGAUGCUGGCUCCCUCCCACAGACUUUACUACUGUGCCAGUAAGUUUGCAGCAGUAGGUUUUGCAGAGUCGGUAGGUCUGGAGUUGCUGGCAACUGGGAAAGAUGGCAUCAAGACUACCAUUGUGUGCCCGUACUUCAUCAAUACUGGAAUGUUCGAUGGAUGUCAAACUAAGUGGCCAAGAUUGCUGCCAAUCCUGAAUCCAGACUAUGUAGCCAAGAAGAUCAUCCAUGCUGUGCUAACAGACAAGGUCUUCCUGCUGCUGCCCAAGAGCUUGUACUUCAUUGCAGCUCUUAAGAACAUUUUACAGUGGAAGGUGACCUCCCUCCUUGGCUCUUACCUGGGUUUGUCAAUCGAAGUAGACUGCCACACUAAUCUCAGUAUGCACCGCAAAUUGCACUAACACAACUUCCCUGCAUCUCUGCCUGUCAAAAUGGUUGUCAAUGAUGUUAUGGGAAAGGUUGAUUGAAUGUUGUAUUUGGGUGAUAAAUUUUCAUUAUUGGUGGUGAAUGAGGUAGCAUAGGCUAUAUUCACACUG